AUGUCCAAAUAAACAGUCGAAAAAUUCGUAUUUUAACUAUUUAUAGUCCUCUUAAUAUUUGACGUCUCAACCAACGUAUUUUUGGCAAAAACGCCUAUUCAGAAAGAACCCAAAGAGACUCCUUAAAAUCCGCAAAAUGAGGAAUAACCUGAGUAAUUCGAAAACGUCAAAAACACCACAGACAACGACGAAGAAAAUUUUUAAAAAUUCAAAAACCAACGAUCAACCUUAAACUUGUAAAUUUAAUACUGUAAAUCACACCAAAAAACAUUCGAUGAAAUAUAGAACUAUAUUAAAACUGAAUAUCCCAGUAUAUUUUUAGAAGGAUUCGAAUAUCCAUUAUCCCCUAUUUAAAAUUUAUUAAGUAAAUUUGUUAAUAAUAUUCAUUGGAUUGUUUUAGUGUUUAAUCUUUUCGGAGACAGAAUUUUCGGAAUGCUCAAUAUGAAUUACCCAAAAUGGUAUUUACUUAUGAAAAACCAUAAAAUGUAAACUGUUAUUGGAGUUAUUAUGGUCACUUAGCUUUUAGGGUCUAUAGUAGGAAAAAGUGAUGCUUUUGAAAUUUAUGUAGAUGGAAAUAAUGUCUAUAGUAAACUUAAUACUGGAAUUUUACCUACUUUAAAUGCUAUUGAUGAUAUUGUUUAAAGAAACAAUGUAUGA